AUGCAGCACUACGGGGUGAACAGCUACUCGCUGCACGCUGUCAACUCGCUCAGCGCCAUGUACAACCUGCACCAGCAGGCGGCGCAGCAGGCCCAGCACGCCCCCGACUACCGGCCGUCGGUGCACGCGCUUACGCUGGCUGAGCGCCUGGCCGGCUGUACAUUUCAAGACAUCAUCUUGGAGGCCCGCUAUGGCUCCCAGCAUCGCAAACAGCGUCGCAGCCGUACCGCAUUCACUGCUCAGCAGCUCGAGGCCCUGGAAAAGACCUUCCAGAAGACUCACUACCCGGAUGUGGUGAUGCGUGAGAGGCUGGCCAUGUGCACCAACCUGCCUGAGGCCCGGGUGCAGGUGUGGUUCAAGAACCGCAGGGCCAAGUUCCGGAAGAAGCAGCGCAGCCUGCAGAAAGAGCAGCUCCAGAAGCAGAAGGAGGCUGAGGGCUCCCGCGGGGAAGGCAAGACCGAGGCCUCAAUCCCAGACACCCAGCUGGAGACUGACCAGCCCCCCAGCCUGCCCAGCGGCGACCCCCCUGCUGAGCUUCACCUGAGCUUGUCUGAGCAGUCAGCCAGUGAGUCAGCCCCCGAGGACCAGCCAGACCGGGAGGAGGACCCCCGGGCAGGGGCUGAGGAUUCCAAAACUGAGAAGAGCCCUGGGGCUGAGAGCAAGGGGCUGGGCUGCAAGAGGGGCAGCCCCAAGGCAGAUUCCCCGGGCAGCCUGGCCCUGGCUCCUGCAGCCCCCGGGGGAGGCCUCCUGGGCCCCUCCCACUCCUACUCCUCAUCCCCGCUGAGCCUCUUCCGUCUGCAGGAGCAGUUCCGUCAGCACAUGGCAGCCACCAACAACCUGGUGCACUACUCAUCCUUUGAAGUGGGGGGCACGGCCCCCGCUGCUGCUGCUGCUGCCGCUGCGGUGCCCUACCUGGGCGUCAACAUGGCCCCGCUGGGCUCACUGCACUGCCAGUCCUAUUACCAGUCCCUGUCAGCAGCCGCCGCUGCUCACCAGGGUGUGUGGGGGGCCCCACUGCUGCCCGCGCCCCCCGCAGGCCUGGCACCUGCCUCAGCUGCCCUGAACAGUAAAACUACGAGCAUCGAGAACCUGCGGCUUCGGGCCAAGCAACACGCAGCCUCCUUGGGACUCGAUACACUGCCCAACUGACUGCUGGCCUCCAACCCAGCCAGGGGUCUUGAGUGCCCCCCUCCCAGCCCAUGGUUAUCCCCAGACGGCUCUCAAGGAGUUAACUCUAUGGGUCCAGGGAUCCUGGGCCUGGA